AUGGCCGACAGUUCUGUCGCGGCAGUCGAAGGUCUGCUGGCUCUUUGGCAUUUUUACCGUCUUCCUGUCCUUUUUGGGCUCUUUACGUUCUUCCUCUCCCUGCACGCAUAUCGCAAACUGCAGCGUAGGUCCAAAACCGCAGCGUCGUCCUCGAUCCCUCCGUCCCCUCGUGAUUCCUCGCCGGAAAAGACCGAGAAACUUGGCGCGAGUGCGAUUAGAAGCAAGGAUAGUACUCCAGUGGACUCUGAGAAAAAGAACCUGCAGCCAUUGGACAAUGGUCGUCGGUCUCCAAAGCCUGUGUCGGGCCCGAAAAGGGUGCAGGGGAAAAAGCCGCUGAAGGCUCUUGGUGGACGGCGAGGAGAUUCGGUCGAAUCGCAACCACUGACGUCCAUUCAGCCCAUCGUCUUCUUCGCAUCAUUGACUGGUACAACCGAGAAAUACGCCCAAGUUCUCCUGGAAGAUUUACGCUCUGCUGCGCGUAGCCGAUCUGGGACAGACAACCCCGAACAGGGACUUCUUCUACCGCAAAUUCAUGACCUCUCCUACGCGGAUCUGGAUGACUAUUUCACUUCGGCACCGAAGCCACCGUCAACAGCACCGGGACUACGCUAUGUCUAUUGCCUCUUGAUACCCAGCUACAACAUCGAUACCGUCAUCAACACCUUUCUUGGCCAUCUCGAUGAGACGCACCAUGAUUUCCGCAUUGAUACUUCCUCUCUGUCGAAUUUGGCGGGAUAUUCUGUAUUCGGGUUCGGAGAUAAAGAGGGGUGGCCGAGUGAAGAGGAGGGCUUCUGCUCACAGGCCAAGGAGCUAGACCGUUGGAUGGCAAAACUUACCGGGAAGAAAAGAGCCUAUCCACUCGGAUUAGGAGACGUUAAAAGUGAUGCUGAACAGGCAUUGAAAGAAUGGUCUCGUGGUUUGCAGGACAUCUUGUUCGAUAUUCUUGAGCAGGGCGGCCUUGGGGAAGGUGUUCCUGGCAGCGGGGACCCGCUGGAAAGCGACGAGGAAGAACUAGAUGAUGAGGAUGUGUUGGAUGGAACUAAAUCUCAGUCUCGCAAGCGCAAUAAGGACCAGAUAGUUGUGGAUCUGGAAGAUAUCAACUUGGUCGACGGUCAGACUAUUGGCGGAGCGCCAAUUCCGGUGGACUUUACCACCGCAGGGACAUCCUCGUCGCGGCCUGCGGAGGUUAGUGCAAAGGAAAUGGUGCCCAAAACGUCGCCAACCUAUGCUGCUCUGACAAAGCAAGGGUAUACCAUUGUUGGUUCCCAUUCUGGAGUCAAGAUCUGCCGGUGGACUAAAUCCGCACUGCGAGGCCGCGGAUCCUGCUAUAAGUACUCUUUUUAUGGAAUUCGGUCGCACCUGUGCAUGGAGGCCACGCCAUCUCUUUCCUGCAGUAAUAAGUGUAUCUUUUGCUGGCGGCAUGGUACAAACCCCGUUGGGACGACCUGGCGCUGGAAGGUGGACUCGCCAGAACUGAUUUUCCAAGGCGUCAAGGAAGGCCAUUACAAGAAGAUCAAAAUGAUGCGAGGUGUUCCUGGCGUGCGUGCAGAACGAUUUGCGGAGGCGAUGCGCAUCCGUCACUGUGCUCUCAGUCUCGUUGGAGAACCCAUCUUUUACCCCCACAUCAACCAAUUCCUAGACAUGUUACAUUCGGAGCACAUCUCCAGCUUUCUCGUCUGUAAUGCCCAGCAUCCAGAUCAGCUAGCGAGUUUGCAGCGCGUGACUCAACUUUACGUGUCCAUCGAUGCCAGCAACCGUGACAGCUUGCGAAAGAUCGACCGCCCGCUCCACCGAGACUUCUGGGAGAGGUUCCAAAAGUGUCUCGAGAUCCUACGGGAGAAACGACAUGUUCAGCGUACGGUUUUUCGAUUGACACUGGUGAAGGGGUUCAACAUCGAAGACGAAGCAUCUGGCUACGCUGAUCUCGUGGAAAAGGCCCUGCCCUGCUUCGUCGAAAUUAAAGGCGUGACAUACUGCGGAACCAGCACCAGCGCUGGAGCCGGGCUAACAAUGAAAAACGUCCCCUUCUAUGAGGAGGUUUCCCAAUUUGUCGUGGCUCUGAAUAACGAACUUCAACGCCGUGGUCUCAAGUACGGGAUUGCGGCCGAGCACGCGCACAGCUGUUGUGUCCUGCUCGCGUCAGAACGCUUCCACAUCAAUGGCAAAUGGCAUACGCGCAUUGACUAUGACCGUUUCUUCGAGCUUCUGGAGAAGGAGAAGUCCGAUGGCACCUCUUUUGCGCCCGAGGACUACACCAGAGAAACGGAAGACUGGGCGCUGUGGGGGAACGGGGGCUUCGAUCCGAAUGAUGAACGCGUUUACAACAGAGGGAAGAACAGGAAUAGGAAGAACGUUGCUGAAGUCGCGGGUGAGCCGUGA